AUGUCGCGCUCAACGUUCAUUGCGGCCCGCAACUCGCGGCAUCGCACCGCAGCUCUCGCCUUGUAUCGUGCGCUCCUACGAACUGCGAGCAAGGUUCCCGUCCCACUGGAAAAUGCGGCGCAAAAGGCAUCAAAAGACAUCAAAUCGAAUCCCGUCGUUCGAAUUGUGAGGAAGCGGUUUGCGAAGAAUAAGCCCUAUACGAGCUUUAGGCUUAUAUAUGCAGCCAUGACGGCGGGCUACAAGUUUCUCAAUCUUCUCACCAAUGCGCAAACUCCCAACUCUCCAGAGCACAACCAAGUCAUUAACCACCUGCAAUCCGUGCGCCAAACCGCCGCCGCAUCCCGCGCAGUCCCUCAACCUCCACGAAGGCCCGAUCCCAUCCUCCCACCCGAACCGCUCCUCAUCAACGUCGCAAAGGCCGACCAACCCCCGAAAUACACAUCCAACAUACUCCCCCGGCCAAGGGACUCGCUCAAGGGACCGGGCCCCCGAAAAGUGCCCUCUGUGAGUGCCACCGCAGACGGCCAGCCGUUUGUACGUCUGCGGAAACCCCAGCCGCAUGCCAUGUCCAAGAUGAUAGGCCGAAAGACCAACAUUUUCAACAAUCGGAUUCUGAAUAUUCUGGAUGUGGACGAGUGGACUGCCUCUCAGGCGGCUCUGGAAGACGAGUGGGACCGCAUGAUGGAUAAGCUGUUGGCAAAGGAGAAGCCUGAGAAGAUGGAAAGUCAAGGAUUUUUGAGGCGACCAUAUGACAAAGAUUCUUUUCCCAUGGGGGAAACUUUUGGCUGGAGCGUGCAGCUGUCCCGGCUGUGGUGGGAGUGGAAAGUCGAGAAGACGUGGGAGGAUUGGACUGCCAGAGGAGAAGCCCUCAACGAUCUCGUCGAACAAGAGAGAUCAUUGGCUGAGAAGGAACGAGGAGGAAGUGAAAUCGAUUUGUUAAAGAAGGAUAAAAGCCGAGCCACGGCACGGUUACGGCGAGACGCUCAGGAAUUCGAUGAUGCACCGCCUAAUGUUGCCGUGAGUGACACUACGGGGCUGCCCCUAUUAGAAGCUCUGAGGGGUAAUUUAUCCAAGAGCACAAAGCCGAUGCCAAACGAGGUACCGCACGAUCCAUUCUUGUCACUGGCCUGGGCUACGCUGGUCAAGGCCGAGCAGGGGAGAAUGCUGAUGUGGGCAAGAAGGCAUGGUGUCAGGUCAGAGAGGUGAUUGAAAGCAGCAGCUGUUCCAUACCGUGGAUGAAUCGAUUGCUUGCAUAAAUAAUGAGACAUGAUUGUAUAAUAGCUGCCUGUAUAGAAUAGUAUUUACCGCUUGAGGAGCGACGCGGGCGUUUUUGGAUGAGCGAAAAUAAAACAGUGCUGUGGAUUUGCCCUUGUUGCUUCUGUACAUACAUGCUAUAUAUUCGUAAAUGGGUAUUGUAGGUGCUAUAUAAUGAACGCUUUUGCCUCGCUCGAAGUAAAGUCGAACUGCCGCUAUGAAAAUCCUUGCUUUCAAACGUGAUCCAAAAAGAAAAACCAGCGCUUUCCGACAUAUAUCUAUAUAUAUAUAUACGCUCAAGAUUGUUUGAUCGCUUGCAAAAAAAAAAUAUGCAUUUUCAAGAAAUCCUAUACAAACAACUUCCAAUGAUGUCCCUAUCCUUCCGUUUCCUCCUCUUUUUGUCUUUUAUCGUCACUGCUUUCUUCGAUUUAGCUGCUUCAGCUCCUUUUUCGCCACCUCGGCCCAGCUCUUCAUCGGCUGCAGCGAGGGGAUUCUUCUCUGCGGCUUCGUGGUCGCAUUUGGAUCGGCGCCGCCGCCGUCAUCAUCAUCGUCGUCGUCAUAUUCACCAAAGGAUCUUUGCGUCAUGGGUGACGAUAUAACCGAAGGAGACAAAGACAAGCCUGGACUCGGAGGCGGCGGAGGCGUGGAAGGUCGUCUUCGAUCUCGGUCCCUUUUGGUGGGGAGAGCGCCCCAGUCGAGAACUGGUUCAUCGCCGGCUGUUGAUACACGACUCACAAUCGGGCUGUUGUGAGCUGGCGUGGGCACAGUCUCUAUGCUUUUCCUGGAAAAGAUGGACGAUGCCAUGCUGCUGUCCGUCAUGCUUUGUUCUUGGUGGAGGUUGGGGGUGCCGGAUCUGCUGCUAGGAGUCACGGGAAGGGGCAA